UAGAAAGGAGCUGAAAAUGUCUUCACUGGAAGCAAUAUGAUUGGUGAACUAAUAACUUCUCCUUUAAUCCAACCUGAACCUAUCUCAUCUUCUCCUCUACUCCAACCUGAACCUAUCUCAUCUUCUCCUCUACUCCAACCUGAACCUAUCUCAUCUUCUCCUCUACUCCAACCUGAACCUAACUCAUCUUCUCCUCUACUCCAACCUGAACCUAACUCAUCUUCUCCUCUACUCCAGCAUGAACCUAUGUCAUCUCCCCUACUCCAACAUGGAACGUUUUCCGUUUUUCAAGAUUUAAAAUAUGAAGACCAAGGAUCUUCCGAUCACUUGAACCCGCACUGGGGGUUGACAAAAAGAAGAGGUGCUCUCAAUGAUAAUGUUAGAUCAGUAAAGAACGAUGUUCUUGAGUUCCACCUGAACACACUGUUUUCUGAUAAUCCUCCAGAGGGCGAAAAAGAAGAUAUUGAAAUUAGAAAAGACACAAAGUUGGUUAAAAACCAAGAUCAUUACGUUGUACUGGAUGUUGGAGGAGAACGGUUCACGGCCAAAAGGGACACAGAUCACUAUUCAUAUAGCUAUUGUGUUGUUAAUCGUUUUGGAUCAAAAAUUCUUCAAAAAUAUCCAAAUACAAGGUUGGGAAAACUGGUGAAGAGCGAGUCUCUGACUGAGAUUUUAUCCUGCUGUGAUGAAUUUACACCUGGAGAACCCCCAGAGUACUUCUUUGACAGAAACCCCGAAGGAUUCUCCGCCAUACUGGAAAUGUUCAGAACCGGUCUUUUCCAUCUACCUGAGGGCGGGAAAGCAUGCGCCUUGGUAGUCAGGUAUGAAAAUCAAUCAAUUUCGAUAAUUUGGAAUCUACGUGCAAAGAUCAUCUAUAUAUACACUCCUGUAUGCCGAGUCCAUUAGCGCCUGAUCCAAUCAAGGUUCAGUCAUGUGUUUUCUGUCUUUUUUGAACCAAUUAUGGCGGUAACAUCUAUAUUUCUAUAUAUCUCAUUAUCCAAUCAGGUGUUAUGAAUCCUUAUAUUGGC